AAGUGGUUCCUCAAGUUCCCCUCAUAUAGAAGACGGACCUUUUACAUCGCAGGGGAAAGCUAUGCAGCUAGCUGAACUCAUCAUUGACAAGAACAAUGAUCCCUCCCUUUAUAUUGAUUUGAAGGGUAUUCUGCUGGGAAAUCCUGAAACAUCUUCUGCUGAAGAUUGGAAAGGAAUAGUGGAUUAUGGUUGGAGUCAUGCUGUGAUAUCUGAUGAAACAUAUAGAAUAAUCAGCGAAAACUGUGACUUUAACAGCAGUGAUACAUGGAGCAAUCCACAUUGUAAGGAAGCUGUGGAUGAAUUAUUCAAACAGUACAAGGAGAUUGAUAUAUACAGUUUAUACACCCCAGUUUGCGUUGGUUCAGAUAAUAAGUCAAUGAAAGUUGUAAUGAAGCAAGCGUCCAACAUGGUGAUCAUUUAUUCACCUCUUUGCCCAGGAUCCUGGGAGGUUAUGAUCCAUGCAUGGAUAAUUAUGCAAAAGCUUUCUACAAUAGACCCGAUGUUCAAGAGGCACUCCAUGUUAGCAAUGGUCACCAGCUCAGAAACUGGAGCAUAUGCAAAAUCAGAUUCAGAAAACUCUGUUCUUCCAAUAUACAAAAAGCUUAUUGCAGUUGGAGUUAGAAUAUGGGUCUACAGUGGAGACACAGAUGGAAGGGUUCCUGUUUUGUCCACACGGUACAGCUUAAACUCCUUGGGACUGCCUGUUGUUCAGGCAUGGAGACCCUGGUACCACCAGAAGCAGGUCAGUGGUUGGCUUCAAGAAUACAAGGGGCUUACUUUUGCAACAUUUAGAGGGGCUGGGCAUGAAGUGCCCUGCUUCAAACCAAGCAGCUCACUUGCAUUCUUCAAAUCCUUUCUCCUUGGAAAGUCUCCACCUUCAUCUCGAUAAUCCGUUUAGUUAACUGAUCCUCAAGGAUUGUGCUUCUAUAGGUAAUAGGG